UCUCUUUCUAUUACACGAUAGCCAUAACCACCUUCAUCUAAUCAUCGUUAAAAUCAAAAUCUCAGUUUUGCACAUUUUGUUGAAACAUAUUUGAAACAAAAAAAAUCUAAGUUUUUAGGGUAAAGAUCAAAGUAAUGGAGUCUAUCAUUGCUGAGCUUGAAGGGACGCUUUUGAAGGAACAUGAUGUGUUUUCCUACUUCAUGUUGAUAGCAUUCGAGGCAUCCGGGCUUAUUCGUUUUGCGUUGUUGUUGGCCUUAUGGCCGGUGAUCCGCCUUCUUGAGGCGGCCGGGGGAGAGAAAAUUGGUCUUAAGCUCACUAUCUUUGUGGCCACGGCCGGGGUCCCCAUGUCCGAGAUUGAGGCGGUGGCGAGGGCCGUGUUGCCGAAGUUCUACUUGGAUGACGUGGAUAUGGAGGCUUGGAGAGUGUAUAGCGCGUGCGAUAGACGCGUGGUUGUCACUAGAAUGCCAAGGGUGAUGGUUGAGAGGUUCGCGAAGGAGCAUAUGCGUGCGGAUGAGGUUGUCGGGGUUGAGCUUGGCUCGAAUCGAUUCGGAUAUGCUACUGGAUUUGUUGAGGAGGAUGUUGGAUCUAUUGGUGAGAGAGUUGCUUGCUUGUUUGGUGAUGAUCAAGAUCCUAAGUUGGGGCUUGGAAGGGUUAAUUCUAUUUGUGGAUCAUUGUUCCUACCAUUGUGUAAGGAACAAUGUCACCCACAUCAAAUCACCCCGAAAACGCUCGAUCGCCACACCGUCCGGCCGCUCCCAGUGAUCUUCCACGACGGCCGCCUCGCCAAAAAGCCGACCCCGGCCACGGCCCUCCUAAUCCUCCUUUGGAUCCCCAUCGGCAUCGUACUCGCCAUCGUCCGCAUCGCCAUCGGCGUACUCCUCCCCAUGUCGGUGGCGACCCGCAUCUCCCCGCUCCUCGGGGCCCGCGUGGUCGUCAGGGGAAACCCUCCCCCGCCGGCCUCGGCCUCCACCUCCGGCGUCCUCUUCGUCUGCACCCACCGGACCCUGAUGGACCCGGUCGUCCUCUCAGCCGUCCUCCGCCGCCGCAUCCCCGCCGUCACCUACUCCGUCUCCCGAUUCUCCGAGAUCCUCUCCCCGAUCCCCACCGUCCGGCUGACCCGGAUCCGCGACGUCGACGCCCAGCGGAUCAAGGCCCAAUUAGAAAAGGGCGACCUCGCCGUCUGCCCCGAGGGGACGACGUGCCGGGAGCCGUUCCUCCUCCGGUUCAGCGCCCUCUUCGCCGAGCUCACCGACAAGAUCGUGCCGGUGGCGAUGAAUUACAGAGUGGGGAUGUUCCACGCCACCACGGCGAGGGGGUGGAAGGCGAUGGACCCGAUUUUCUUCUUCAUGAACCCGAGGCCGGUUUACGAGGUCACGUUUCUGAACCAGUUGCCGGCGGAGGCCACCUGCGCCUCCGGAAAAAGCCCUCACGAUGUGGCGAAUUAUGUGCAGAGGAUCUUGGCGGCGACGCUGGGGUUUGAGUGCACCAAUUUCACGAGGAGAGAUAAGUACAGAAUUCUCGCCGGAAAUGAUGGGAUUGUUGCUGAUCGGAAAUUUUCUCCGGCCGGUGAAGUUGUUGAAGCUUUGAAGAAGAUGGUCGGCAGUUUUAUACUGUAUUAAUUGAUUAUGUUUGUGUAUUUUUAUUGUUUUGUAUAAUUAAUAAUUCUUUUUUUUAGGUGAAUUUUUUUUUGUUAUGAUUUUUAGGUUUGAAGGAUUUUUUUUUUGUUGCUAUGAAGUGUUGAAUAAUGACUUGGAUAUGAUGUAUAUUUAUAUGACAUUUAUAUAUCUAGAAAUUAGAAAUGGAGAACUUUUUAUUCCUUGUAAA